UAAUGAUAACAAGAAUAACAAACACUGCAAGAUUGGGUAUUAAGAAUCUUUAUUAAUUGAAUCACAUAAAAAGUUUCCAUAAUGCAACAAUAGCUCAUAAAGCAUAAGUUAUGAAUGAUGAAUCAUAAUAUGUAGUAAAAACAGAUCGAAUUUAUAAACCAACUUAUACAAUUGAGUUUGAUAGAAUAGGAGAAGUGUUGCUGUACAUCAAUUAAUUAUAUUUAGCUAUUCAUGUGAUCCCCAUAAGCAUCUUACAAUAUUCUUAAAAUAUCCAUAUGUUCUUUAUGAGACAGCGAUUCCUUUAUCAAUUUAUCUUUGGUUUAAAAACCCAUUAGAUAUUGCAUGGUAUUGGAAUAAUCUAUUUAUAUAUGCACCAUCAUUUUUAUGGAUUCCUAGAAUGUGGUAAUAGAAAACUCUUAUUAAAUUAGGUAUUGGAGAUCAUUAUAAUUUAAAAUUCAUAGACUUUCAUUGUUAAGAGGUGGAAAAGUACUUAAGAUAGAGACAACAACUCUUGCUAAUGAUAAAAAUGUAUAUUGGGUUGAAACCUAUUAAUUCCACCCAUUAACAGCAGAUUUCAAAUAAUUCGAUGAUAGAGAUAAUGCUGACUAUUUAACAGAAGAAGGUUAAUUAAAAUAUGAAUUAGCAUGUUAACUUGAUCAUAUUCAAGAAUUAGGUACAACAGUAUAAGAUGAAGUAAUAUAUUUUAUGAAAGUAUAUGAAUAAUUAAUUAUAAAUAGGAAGGAAUAGUACAUCAUCCAGAAUUAUUUGAAGCAGCAACAAAAGGAUAUGUAAUAGAUACUUCUAACUUUGUAAUAAACACAGCUCAUAAUAUAAGAGCUUUCGAAGGCCAUCACAAUUAAUGAA